UUUAUCCCUUGAACGUUCUUACAUCUCUCCUGCCAUUGCUGCCAUCGCCCGCAAGUAUGGCGGCAACCGCAGCGAAGCUGGAUCUUGUUCCGAAUCGAAACCUCCUUGAUGCGAAAUUUGAUAGUUAUCGGCUGACACUGGAGCCGUUGCCGAUCAUAAGGCUGGCAUUUCAAGGAGGCGUUCAAAAGGUACACUUGGAAGAUGAUCAGUACGGCUACCUUCACGUCCAGAUGGCUGGCUUCAUCAACGCCCUAGUCCAAGAUCCAUGGGACGUCAAUACACUCUUUUUUAUCUCCGAAGCCCGCCACGUCAUGUGGGCACACUUCUCCCAAGACAGUCAUCUCCUAGAACCAAAAGUUGUGUGGAAAAUUCCUGAGCCAAGUGGUAUUUCACGGGCUUGUACCUUGGACUUCCCUCAUGCCGAGUGGUGCCUCAUUUCUGAUGGUCUCGGUACCAUCUUUGUUCUCAACUCCCCUAGCCGGCCACAAGGAGAACCUUGGCAGCUAUGUUACACACACUGCUUGGAGUGGAGUCAGCCAGGCACCAUACUCUUGACAAGUGCUCACAGCAGCUUUCCAAGCAGCCAACAGAUGGAAUGCCUUCUAGCAUAUGUUAGCCGGCCGCAAGACGUCCAUGGUAGUGUCAGCAUUCCUGAAACAACAGUUCACUUUGUAUGUGUCCUUGAAUGGCUGACAUUCACUUGUAUGUCCAAUUGUGAAGGUGACUUGUGGAGUCUCCGGCGGCACAGACGACUUGUGGGUGCUUCUAUUCCAAUGUAUGUGGCAUUUGAUACCCAUGGGAACUCCUUGUGCUUAGCUUCAGAAAAGGACUUUAGUUUUGUCUUUGACUCUUGCAAAGCAGAAGUGGGUCAUGAAGUGGAAGAAACUAAAGGUGGCAAACCUCAAGAGCCACCACUUUACUCCUUCAUUCAGACUGCAGAAGAAAUUACAGUUGUUUUCCGGCUGCAUGAGGCAGCUACCAAGAAAGACAUUGAGGUUAGCCUUCAAGUGAAAGGCAUUGAAAUUCUUAUUGAGGGCAAGACAGUUUUGAAAGGAGAUUUUCCUCAUGAGGUAGUCAAAGAUGGCAGCACAUGGAUUAUAUUGGACCAGAAGCUAGAAGUUCAUCUUGUGAAAGCUGAGCAUGGUGUCGUUUGGCGUGAAGUGGUUGUAGGGGAUGCAAGAGGUGAAGAGGUCUUCGAUCCUGCUUUUGUGGAAGAAAUUCAUGCUCGUUUGGCGCACCUUACUUCAGAGACAGAGGCUUCGGGAUCAGAUAAACCAAGCUUUAACUACCAAGAACUGGAUGACUGUGAUGACACAAUGGAGUACUUUACGUUCACAAGACUCUGUGGCGACUCCCACCGAGCAACACAUCAGAUCAAUCUCAGUGGUCACCAGUGGUUAUUCAGUAUGCGUUCUGCCGACAAUAUGCCAGCCCUUUGUCUUCGACAUGAUGUGGAUGGCCUUGUCUGGCAGCCCCGAAAUGUGAUGGCUGAUGGAGACACUGACUCAUUUCGUGUGGAGCAUGUGGCCACAUUUAAUGCUUUUGGCUAUGUCCAAGCAUCAAAGGAGGACCGCAAGUUUGUGACUGCUUCUGCUGACUUCAGCUUUGCUGCUCUGUGCAAUGCUGUGCGUCACGUGUACCUCUACCGACAGCCUGAAACACUUGGAAGUAGUCAGGAGCUGCGAAACCGCAAGACGGGGCGUGAGGUUUCCAGUAUAGCCAAGCUACAUGUCAUUAGCCUGGAGCAGUGUGAUAGCAUACGGGGCAUGGUGGCAAGUCGGCGCUGCAUCUUUGUUUUGAGCCCAGGAGCCUUGUAUGCAAUCAAGGUGCCUUCAUAGCCAUUGUCAUAUGUUUUCAUGAUUCAUUGUUCACUGCAAAAAUAAAAUCACAUGGCAUUGCUUUUUUUUUUUUUGGA